AUGCAGUCCUGCACCUUUGUCUUUGUUCUCAGGGGUAAGCAGGCAAAGCCUCCUCCUGCUGCCUCCAGAGGGAUCUACAUUGAAGAGGAUGCCUUCAUUGGGAGUGGCUUUGGUGUUUUGGGGAAUGAGUUUAGUAUAUGAAGAUCACCAAGGUCUGUGGUUUUUCUGGAUGGAAAUUGGCCUAUACCAGGAGAGCGACUCCCAGACAUGGCUGCAUUGUUCAUGGGCCUCCCUGUUAAAGAAGACCUUUCUUGGCUAGCACAUGUGGUGGGUAACCUGUUGUAUUGUCCUUGGGCUACCGUUAAGGUGUUGGUGAAGGGAGUAGACAAACUUGCUCUACCCCCAGGCAGUGCCAUUUCAUACCCUCUGGAGAAUGCAGCUCCUUUUAGUCUUGACAGCGUUGCAAAUUCCAUUCACUCCUUAUUUUCUGAAGAAACUCCUUUAGUUUUGCAGUUGGCUCCCAGUGAGGAGAGAGUGUAUAUGGCAGGGAAGGCUAACUCAGUUUUUGAAGAUCUCUCAGUAACAUUACGACAGCUCUGCAAUCACCUGUUUCAUGAAAACUCUGUUCUCAAUUCACUUCCCCUCAAUUCUCUGAGUAGGAACAAUGAAGCUGAUCUGCUCUUUCUUUCUGAAUUGCAAGUGCUACAUGAUAUUUUAAGUUUGUUGUCUCGAUAUAAGCAUCUAGUCAAGGAUCAUUCUCCUGAUUUAUAUUUGCUGGAGCUGGCAGAUCUGGAUGAAAUUGGGAAGCAUUAUAGGGCAGACUCUGAACAAUUCAGAGAUGCUUCCAAGAUCCUUGUCGAUGCUCUGCAAAAGUUUGCAGAUGACACGUACAACCUUUACGGUGGGAAUGCUGUGGUAGAGUUAGUGACCGUCAGAUCAUUUGACACAUCUGUUGUGAGGAAGACAAGAACUAUUCUUGAGGCAAAACAGGAGAGGAAUCCAUCAAGCGCCUAUAACCUUGCAUAUAAGUAUAACCUUGAGUAUCCAGUGGUUUUCAACAUGGUACUUUGGAUAAUGAUUGCCUUGGCCCUGGCUGUGACUGUGAACUCUUACAAUAUCUGCAACAUGGAUCUUGGAUAUGACAGCAUUAUUUAUAGUAUGACAAACCAGAAGAUUCGAAUGGAUUUAACUUUCCUUAUGCCAAACUUAGAAAAGGGGCUGGAGAGCACAGACUGCACCUGCUCCGAAGCCCAGCGGGGCCCGGCCUCAAGCGGCGCUCAGCCUCGGCUGCUUGUGCACGGACUCGAGGACCCACCAGGGGUCACUGCAGCCUCAGAGCUAUUGUGCCAGCCAGUCCUGGACACGGCCCGCCGUGCCGAGGGCGUGGGGCUCGGAGCGCCGAACGCCAGGUCCGAGCAGAACAGCGCCCGGCCUUCCUAG